AACCAUGCAGAGCCUCCACAGUAUUAUGAUUCAGAACCAACCAGCCAGCCUCCGCAGUAUUUGCACAACGCGAAUCGCGUGAACCGGACUGAACCCGCGUCUGCUGCAAACAUCUCGGCCAUACUUGCCUACCCAUCAGGAUUAGAUUUGGAAGCAGAGAAGAGAUCAUGGCGCGAGCGUUGGCGAGAUUGGAAGGCGCGAAAC